GGGUAAAGCGUUUCUCGUCACAAGCUACACUCUUUAGUUAAGGAGCUAUGGCGCACAAGCUUGCUUCCCCCUCUAUUCUCUUUGUUCUCCUUCUCUUGGCCUUCUCCCCAGUUCUGGGUUCCAAGGAAGCGGACGUGAACCAAAUCAACGAUGACAAGCACGGAGGAGGGUACGGCUACGGCUACGGUCACGGCGGUGGUGGAUACGGUCAUGGAUGCCGUUACUACUGCGGCCACAGGUGCUGCUCGGCAGCAGAAUAUGCUGAGUUUGUGAAAAAGGAAGCCAGCGCCGAUGCGCUCAAAGAUAUGCAUGGAGGCGGCCACGGAUGCCCUCACUACUGCGGCCACAAAUGCUGCUCGGCUGAGGAAUACGCCGAGUUUGUCAAGAAGGGUGCGGAAGAUAUGCACGGAGGCUGCCAUCACUACUGCGGCCAUAAAUGCUGCUCGGCUGAGGAAUACGCCGAGUUUGUCAAGAAGGGUGCUGAAGAUAUGCACGGAGGCUGCCAUCACUACUGCGGCCACAAAUGCUGCUCGGCUGAGGAAUACGCCGAGUUUGUCAAGAAGGGUGCUGAAGAUAUGCACGGAGGCUGCCAUCACUACUGCGGCCACAAAUGCUGCUCGGCUGAGGAAUACGCCGAGUUUGUCAAGAAGGGUGCUGAAGAUAUGCACGGAGGCUGCCAUCACUACUGCGGCCAUAAAUGCUGCUCGGCUGAGGAAUACGCCGAGUUUGUCAAGAAGGGUGCUGAAGAUAUGCACGGAGGCUGCCAUCACUACUGCGGCCACAAAUGCUGCUCGGCUGAGGAAUACGCCGAGUUUGUCAAGAAGGGUGCUGAAGAUAUGCACGGAGGCUGCCAUCACUACUGCGGCCACAAAUGCUGCUCGGCUGAGGAAUACGCGGAGUUUGUCAUGAAGGGUGCUGAAGAUAUGCACGGAGGCUUCCACCAAGGACCAUGCCGACAUAACUGCGGCCACAAAUGCUGCUCGGCUGCAGAGUUUGCACAGUUCAGAAAGCAGGCUGCAGCAAAGGCUGCAGGACAAAACUGAAGCCUUUACGUAAUUCAUCAGUGUGAACCAGGAGUGCAUCAACUUCUUAAAGUUGAUGCUGAAAUAAAGCGAUGGCAGAGUAAGCCCACGCUGUGUAACGCUUGUAUGUUUCUCCUUGAAGCAUAAUGCAGAACUUUGUGCAUCUUAGCACACUAUUUA